CUGCAUACAAACACCUGUUCUUUAAACCUAAAUUUCUCUUAGAAUAAUGUUUAAGUAAAAGAUUUUUUUUCUUUUUUUUUAAUCACAUAAAGAUAGAACAGAAAAUCAAGCCUGCAUUUGCAUCACUGAUUGAGUGUACUUUGUUUGCCCCUCUGAUCCACUCUGACUCGUGGACCUCCCCCCCCCCACCUCUCUUUAAUGAACAUAAUCUGAUGAAAACACAGCUAUCCGCUUUUCACUUUGCUUCGGCAAAAUGCUGCUCAGCUAGCCUCUUUCUCCGCCCCCAUCUUUAACACAGCUAUGAGACCUCUAAUUAUGCAAGGAUUCAAGUAGCUUUUCACAAAACACAGUGUUGUCCUCUAGAGCUGGAGAGCGCUCCACGAGCUAAAAGGACAGGCUGCAUAUUUGCAGGUUGAGCAAAUUCAAUUUGUUUGAUUAGUUCUCUGCAUUUGCUUCAACUUUGGUUUAAAUGGUGCAUCUUAAAUGUUUUUUAGUGUCUCAUUUUUUCUUUGAGUAUGCGUAUACCAAAUACACAGACACGCAAAAUGUUGAUAUCUCUUCCAUUUUAGAGAUAUAUGCCCUUAGUCUAAAUAGAGAUCAGAAAAGCAGUGUGCUUAUAAAUUCAUUUUCUUUCCUGGUCUUUCUUUCGUUCAUCAUACGCACAAAUAAAAUGUGACCGAACAGCUCUUAUACAUGUCUCUUCAGGUACACAAUUGAAAUUUGCUUAAUUCAAGUACUAGCACUGGUGUGUGUGUGACAGAAACAGGCCUAUUGUCAUCCUCGCGCAUUAGAUCACCUGCUGCCCCUGUGGGUUUGUCUGCUUUGGUACUAAGCUGAUGUGAAAAGACUUUAUCACGAUGGUUAAGCAUUCAAUUUGAUGUCUGCCUGUAGCGCUUCCUGGCUAAUAAAAUUACACCGAAGUCAAUGCGCUCCGGUGCAGGUGAAAUGGACAGCUUUCCUGCCGAACACAUGCGCGUCAGGACGCAACAGAAGAGUGGCACGCCGAAAUCGUGCGUCAUAGUGUUCAGCGUCCGCUUUUAAUGACAAAAAUCAUUAAAUGACUAAAUAUUUAACAAUUUUCUGAAUCUUUUUGUGGGUUAAGAAUAAUAGUUCUUCGCCGUUUUGUUAUUGUAUAUCGUAGCUUACAUUCGAGCGUAAAACCUAUGCGUAAUUUGUUUAAUAAGGCUAAGUUGCUUGAUUUCGCUGGACCAUUUAAUCAAUGGACCAUUUAUUCAAUUUACUGACAGGUAAUUGUGGCUCGCGCACGCCCCUCAUAACCCUGAUACAUUUUCCUCUUUUAUCUAAUUGGUUGAUAAGUGGGUGCGUACUGCUGAGCCCGAAGCCAAAACUCUCGCGCGGCCUUUUUCUUUGGAGUCCAUUCUUGUCAGACCCCCACGCGGUUUCAUCUCAAAUCCCAUUUGCUAUUGUACCUGUCCAAUAGCAGCCACCGAGCACGCUUUAACUCGGAUGGCAUUUUUAUUUCAUCACUACGAUCCGGAGCAAGUCUGACGCAGUGAUCUCUGCGCUCUCACGCUGAUCAUUCUCGUGGGGGGGAAGCUGGGCGCAGCUUUACGCGACUUUCCGAGUUUUCCCUCCAUCUUAUGCGAACUAUUUUAGCUCGGACUUUAACGCCAGAGAAUCCUUUAGAUCUGUUUAAUAUCUUUUUUCAGCUUUUGAUGGUGAUCCCUGUCGGACACUAAACGGUGAUGGCAGACUCUGAUACUCAAGAGGCUCGCCAACCUGCAAAAGACUCGCCGUUCUCCAUAAAGAACCUGCUGAAUAUUGAAGACAAACCCACGAAGCCAAAAAGCAUCCUCGGCUCGCACAAGGGGGUUUUGGAAGGCAGUUUCUUUUCUCGGUUCGGUGAUUUGUCUGUUCCUCGAUUUGAGCUGCCAGCACAGAGAAUUGGACUAUCCGCGCAAUAUCUGGAAAGAGCAUCUACCUGGUGGUACCCCUACACGCUUGGAGCACAUUUUAGGACUGGAGGGUCUGAGAAGGUCAGCUUAAGAGAAGCAUCACAGGCACCGGACAGGCGCUCUCCGGAUCUCCAGAAAAGUGAUCAAGAUGCCAAAGAUGAAAGCGCCGACGAUGACAUCGCCCUGGAUGAAAGUGACUCGGAGGAGCCAAAGAAAGAAACAGACCAGGAGGACGACUGGAGGAGAAAAAACGACGAGCUGGACUCCGAGAAGAAGCCCUGUCGGAAGAAAAAGACGCGCACCGUGUUUUCCAGAAGUCAGGUCUUUCAGCUGGAGUCCACUUUCGACAUUAAGCGCUACCUGAGCAGCUCAGAGAGGGCAGGCCUAGCCGCGUCCCUGCACUUAACCGAGACGCAGGUGAAAAUCUGGUUCCAGAACCGGAGGAAUAAGUGGAAAAGGCAGCUGGCCGCCGAGCUGGAGGCGGCCAACCUGAGCCAUGCGGCGGCACAGAGGAUUGUGCGGGUUCCCAUACUCUACCACGAGAAUGGAGCUCCAGAAACGAGCGGGGGCCCUGCUACAAACUCACCGGGCGGCCAAGCACUCUUGGCUUUCCCCCAUCACAUGUACUAUUCUCACCCAGUCCCACUGCUGAGACCCGUUUAACAUUUGUGUCAUAAAGCAUUGUACAUAUAUUUUUAAAUGAGAGUGAUUAACUGGAAAAAAAAAAAUACAAUUUUGUAUAUUUUGUAGAUUGAACGGACACGGUAGUUAUUAUUAUUAUUAUUAUUAUUAUUAUUAUUAUGAUGAUCAUGUGUAAUCAUGCUUUCUUCUACUAAAGUGUCCUUGAGCAAGACAGGGUCCCUUUUACAGCUCCCACGCGUGUGGGGAACAAAAGUAAUGGAUUACUGGUUAUUUUAUUUUUCUUUUUAAUUAUUACGAUCGAUUUCGAAAUGGGUGCAUAUAUUUGAACCUAUUCAGUUGAACAGGGUUGGCUGUCUAUAGGCUAUGUAAUUUACAGAGAUUUGUGUCAGUGUUUGAAUGUGGGAUUAAAUAUUUUAAUAUUUUUCAAUAUUGUGCAAUACUGUUGGCUUUAAAUUAGGCUGCCAGCCUUUGUCUCCCAUAGGCCUAUAGCUCACUUUGUAAUAGUCAGGACAAUCAUGUCAUUCUUAAAAUACCUUCCACCCCACCCCCCCACCACCAAAAAAACAACUGCAGAUGAUACAGGCAUUUGUCUUUAUGACGCAGUGGUUGGCGUAAUUUUAAAGCCAUGAAAAAGCCAAAAAAGCCUCUGUUUUUGUGUAUGGUUUUCUUCUGAUGUUGUUAUUGAAAUUCUGUAUAUUAUAUGGUCUCGCACUCAGUAAAAAUUCAU